UUCUACCAUCUAAAAGAAAAAUACUAGAGAAAUCAGAAUACAAAUACACCCUUAGUUUAUUGAAAAGCCUGUACUUCUUUCUCUCCUUUUUUUCUUUUUUUGUCAGUCAUGGAAAAGGAAUUGACAUUCUUUAAUUCAAGCGAUCUUCUACGACAGAGCUCUGACCAGUUAACUGAAAAUUCGAUGCCUCGUGGUAAGUCCAUAAUUAAAGAAGUUGAUUUCUUUUCAGCUGAUAGGAACUGUGAUCAAGAGAUGAAGGAUGCAUCAUCAUCAUCAGCUGUACUUGUUGAUUUUGGGCUUAACACUGGACUGGAUCUCCUGACUCCAAGCUCUGGAAUAUCAGAAACAGCCAAUGGAAAUAAACCCAAUAUUCGUGAAAUGAGGAAACUACAAGCGGAGCUGGAGAGAUUGCAUGAUGAAAAUAAAAAGUUGAGAAGCAUGUUGGAUCAGAUUACCAAGAGUUACAAGGAGCUGCAAGCUCAACUACUCGUUGCAAUGCAAAAACAACCACAUGGGAACCGAGGAGAGCAGAAAGGGGAGAUGAAUGGCAAAACAAGUCGCAUAAUGUCAGCUCAACAGUUUUUGGACCCACGCCCAUCUGCCGCAUUAGAAGUCAACGAUAAUCCUUCAGUAUCUGAGGAUAAGGCCCAGGAUGUGUCGGUUUCUCCAAUAAAUACUACUACUACUACUACUGAGGCGAUGUCUCAAAUAAAUGCUGGCAAUAAACAAGAUUGUACAGAAGAUGGUCUUGAUCAGACUUCCCAGAGUUGGGGAUCUCCCAAGAGUGCAAGACUAGAACAAGAAAACAAAGACCGAAUCCCUGAAGUCCCUUUCAGGAAGGCUAGAGUGUCUGUCAGAGCAAGAUCAGAGGCUCCUUUGAUUACCGAUGGAUGCCAGUGGAGGAAGUAUGGUCAGAAAAUGGCGAAGGGAAACCCUUGUCCACGUGCAUACUAUCGUUGCACCAUGGCUGCAGGAUGCCCAGUUCGUAAGCAGGUGCAACGCUGCGCAGAGGACAAGACAAUUCUAACUACAACAUAUGAAGGAAAUCACAAUCAUCCUCUUCCACCAGCUGCUACAGCUAUGGCCAAUACUACAUCAGCUGCUGCAGCAAUGCUUCUCUCAGGUUCAAGUACAAGCAAAGAGGGCCUACCAUCAAAUAGCACUUUCUUCCCUUCUUUACCUUAUGCAUCCACUAUGGCUACCUUAUCUGCCUCUGCACCAUUUCCCACAAUAACUCUCGACUUGACACAGAGCCCGAAUUCUAUGUCAUUCCUGCGUGCUAAUCCAUCAACUACAUUUCCUCUUCCUCUACAAGGCUGUCCACAAUUACUAGGCCACCCUUUAUAUGUCCCACCUAAGCUACCAACUGUUGCAAUUCCAUCGUUGCAAUUAGGACAACGGCAUGCCUCAAUGGUGGAGACAGUCACUGCUGCUAUUGCAUCUGACCCAAAUUUCACUGCAGCCUUAGCAGCAGCUAUCUCUACUAUAAUUGGUACGCAGAGAAGCACUAAUAGAAGCAGCAACACAAAUACACCUGAUGGGUUACCCGGAUUGCCGGGUUCCCCACAGCUUCCUCAAUCUUGCACCACUUUCUCCACCAACUAGAUUUACCGGUGUGUGUCUUUAGUCUUUUGGUUGCUUCCUUUUAUCCUCGAAUCAGUUUGGAGAGAGAGAGAGAGAGAGAGUGCACGCGUGAAUAUAGAUGACAAAGCUGACAGCCGUCACUGAUUGUCCAAAGAGAUCGUACCAUACUCAAUGGAAAAAGGUUAACUAGGAGUACAUUUUUAGCUAUUCUUCAGUUUAAAUUUGGGUUCAAGUUGGUGGAAUCCAUAUGUUUUCUUGGAGGUUUUUUGAUGGCUGCACAACCUGGUUAUGGAGAUAAAUUUCUAGUAUACUUAAUCCUUAAGGUAAAACUGAUAGAAAGAGAUGAUUAGGAAAUCUGUGUAGAUGAUAUGAUAAAUUAUUGUUGAAUAUAUUUGUUGCAAGUGCUGGUAAAUCUUACAAGUGUUAUUACUUAGUAUGGUGAGUUUUCGAAAGCUUAGAGUGGGGUGUAAGAAUGACCUGGUGUAUGAAAGUACAUUGUCAUGUAUUUGGUAAAGAAACAUACAUGCAGUCUGCAGAUGUAAAUAAAUAAAGUUCAAUGAUAUAGAAGAGGUAUUUCGUGAA